CAAAGGAACAGGAUUUGAGACAGCCCAGGGUUUCCUCUUCAAGUAGGUUUAAAACAUUUUUUUUUCUCUCUCUCUCUCACUAACUUCCUUCCUGUUCUAACUGCCAGUACUCAGAAGUCAGAGUUGACAGGCAGAGGUACCCGACAGAAAACGCGAAGCCCUGAAUAGAAAUCAAGAUGACCGAGAAGGACGCACAGCCCCAGCUGGAGGAAGGAGACGAUGACCUGGACAGCAAGCUCAAUUACAAGCCACCCCCUCAGAAGUCCCUGAAGGAGCUGCAGGAGAUGGACAAAGAUGACGAGAGCCUAACCAAGUACAAGAAGACACUGUUGGGAGACGUCCCUGUGGUAGCAGACCCAACAGUCCCCAACGUGACUGUCACCCGGCUUAGCCUUGUUUGUGACAGUGCGCCAGGACCAAUCACCAUGGACCUUACUGGUGACCUCGAAGCCCUCAAAAAGGAAACAUUUGUGCUAAAGGAAGGUAUUGAGUACAGAGUCAAAAUUAACUUCAAAGUGAACAAGGACAUUGUGUCAGGCCUGAAGUAUGUUCAGCACACGUACCGGACUGGGAUGAAAGUGGAUAAGGCUACAUUCAUGGUUGGCAGCUACGGGCCCCGACCAGAGGAGUAUGAGUUCCUCACUCCCGUGGAGGAGGCUCCCAAGGGCAUGUUGGCCCGAGGCACUUACCACAACAAGUCCUUCUUCACUGAUGACGACAAGCAGGACCACCUCACCUGGGAAUGGAACCUGGCCAUUAAGAAGGAUUGGGUAGAAUGAGUGUGUCUGCCCAUUCUUCCGCUACCUUCCCCACUGGAAGGAUUCUUCCAGCCGGGUCAAUGAUGGUCUCCCUCCUUUCUCCCUGUUCACAGCUGGAUCCAGUCUAUCACACACACACACACACACACACACACACACACACACACACACACACACACUCCUCAUUGAUGUGUUUUUUCUUACUCCAUUCUUCAAGCGUGUCCCCACAGAUGAGACUUAAAACCUAGGCUUUACCCCAGCGUGUUCCCUCAGACUUCCUUCCCCUCAGCAGGGCCAGAGUUCCGGACUUCUCUGUCUCAUUUAGCAUCCUCCCUUUUCUUCUGAUGUGAGUACUGAAUGCCAGGGAACAGGCAAGCUGUCAUGAUGCUUUGCCUUCUGUUCAGAAGUUCAUUCUUGCCACUGGGUUCUUCUGUUUCAAUGAUUCCGUGGGGGCUCUUCUUUUGUGGGAGACACUGUAAACAACACAAAAGGAAAAGAAUAAAGUGACUAAAGUGAC